UUCAUAUCAUUCCCAUCAGAGCUUUAUCUCAAAGAAUACAAAAUGAAUUUUAAGGUUGUCAUUCUUCCCGCUUUGCUGAUGGUAGUAAAUGCGCAGCAUCAUAGUCAAGGCCAUGGCCAUGCGGCAUCUUCUCAAUCAAUCAUCCGACACGACGUAUCUCACAACCAAGGCUACAACCACGUACAACCAAUCGCCGUUCACUCAGCUCCGGUGUACCACCACCAACCGACUGUUUCCAUCCAUCACGCCGCUCCUAUCGUCCACGCUGCUCCCAUUGUUCACUCUGCUCCAGUAGUUCAUCACUCUACUCCUAUCGCAUACCAUCAAGCUCCCGUCUACCACAGCCAACACAGUGGCGCUCAUGAACACCAGGAUUAUUAUGCGCACCCUCAAUAUGAGUUCCAAUACAACGUAGAAGACCACCACACUGGUGACAUCAAGUCUCAGCACGAAGCUCGUGAUGGUGACCACGUGACCGGCUCCUACAGUCUGCACCAGCCCGACGGUUCCGUACGCACCGUCCACUACAACGCUGAUAAACAUAGCGGAUUUAACGCACAAGUCGACUACUCUGCCCCCUCAACACACGCCCAGCCAAUUCACCACGCACCUGAACACAUCUUAUCUCAUCAUUAGGUGUUACAAAUUUAAUAAAUAUAAAGAUAAUCUC